AUGUGGUGCGAUAAUUGUUUAUUGAUAUUUCCUUUGAGAUCUGGUGCCAUGUUUUUGGCCAUAUUCAUGGCGGUAAAGUAUUCUUUCUCGAUAUAUCAAUUCAUAGGUGCUAUCCUUUUGUUCAUGUAUGGCGAUUUCUUCUUUUUCCAUAAAUAUGAAGCAUCAAUAUAUGGUGGAUAUGCUCUUUUGCAAGGAAUAAUUGGGCUUAUAGCUGUAUUGGGAUUCUCGAGACGAUCAUCCCUUAUUGCCAGAGUACUUGUUCGUACUUAUGUUAUAAUAAUAAUAUUAGGUGCCAUACGAGGAAGUUUGAUGGCUUGGUCAAUAUUUUAUGGCCAAGAGCAUAUAAUUUGGGAAUGCAAUAAUGGAGGCAAAAGAUGGAUUGAUCCCUCGACAAUUGAUCCCAAUGUACCACAACCCGUUGAGACGAGAUUAAUGCCAUCAGCGUUUUGUCGAGUCGGUUUACAAAGCGCCGCGGGAUAUUUUUCAUUUUUUCUCGCUCUUGAUUUCAUUUUAAUG